AUGUCAUUAGCAUCAGUCCGUGUUAUUGAGUUGGCAACACUGCCCGUGCCCGCCGCCGCAAACCGCUCCGCUCCGCCGUCUGUCAGUCACACUCAGUCCACCGCGCUCCGCCGCGCUGUUUGUACGCAAACAGUGUUAGAAAUAAAAAUAAUCAGUCACAUAAUCUCUUCUAAGCAUCUCCGUGGUACGAUCAACGUCGUGUACGCCGAUACGGAGAUUAUAUUAAAUGGUUUGUAA